UAUCCCAUACAUUUACGAACUAACUUGCCGCCAUGUUGAAGUCUGCCGCCUUACUGAAGCAUCGGUAUCGUGUCUCUCUGUUCGGUCCAACAUUACCUGCUAAGUUGUCUGGGUGCCCAAUGUUCAAGGUCGAGGUCAAAGCAAAGCCUUUCAGUGACAUCCCAGGACCGAAAGGUAUCUACCAGUGGCCCUUGAUUGGAACAUUAGUCCUUUAUAAACCUUUCACGCUGUACACUCCAGAAACCUUAUCGGACUUGCUGAAUGAAAUGCAUGACAAGUAUGGUCCGAUGCUCAAGCUACGGCUCGGGCCACAAGUCGUUGUCGUGUCUGACCCCGAGGACAUUGAAAACGUCUAUAAAAAUGAAGGGAAGUACCCCGUAAGACACGGCCUUGACCUGAUCCAUACUUACAAUCGUAGAAACAACUAUACCGAUAGUCUCAGCCAACUACAAGGUCCUGAGUGGCAUGCCUUGAGGGUUCUUAUCAAUAAAAGACUUCUCAAAGUCGACUCAGCCCUUCACUAUUUAGACCAACAAAAUAAAGUCGCGGAUGACUUCGUCAGAGCUCUACAAACAGAAAAACUGUCUCCUGAAGAUAUUGAGGACCUUUUCUUUCGCUUUGCUUCGGAAAGUAUUGCUUUAGUUACUUUUAACAAAAGACUUGGUCUAUUUGACCAAAACCCAGACAAAGAUUCUCUAGAAUUCCUGGAAGCGAUGAAAAGCUGCCUUCUCAUGAUUCAGAGAGCAAUCAGUGGCAAAUCGUUGACACACAAAUGGUGGAGAAAUUCAACGUACCGAACAUUCGAUACCAAUAGAAACAUCCUACAAAGAAUAUCGUCCGAGCAUGUCAAUGAAGCCAAGGCGCUAGUGGAAGACCAAAUCAAUUCAGGAACAUUCAGCGAGGAGGAACCAAAUUUACUGUUUUCUCUUUUGUCUGAAAAAGGAAUCAGCAAUGAAACUGUGACCAAUCUUAUGAUGUCCUUGUAUACUGGAGGAACUGAUUCGACUGCUAAAAACUCUCAAGUAUUUUUGCUCAAUCUGGCCCAAAAUCCUGACAAGCAAGAGCUACUAAGGCGUGAGAUUCUCGACGUUCUAGGUCCUGAUGGACCGCUGACUGCGAAAACCUUGUCAAAGUUGGUUUAUUUAAAGGCUGCACUCAAAGAAUCAUUUAGAAUGAACUAUCCCACGGCUAUUGGAAACUUACGAAUUCUGCCUGUUGAUAUUGUGCUUGGAGGUUUCAAAGUACCAGCUGGUGUUCCAAUUAUUUUGUUUAAUCCGAGACCUGCGAGAACACAUUUUGAGAACCCCGAUCAGUUUGUCCCCGAGAGAUGGUUGAGGUCAGAAGACAAUACAAAGAAAGAUUCAGCUCACAGUAUGAUUGUCUUACCUUUUGGACACGGCCCCAGAAACUGUAUUGGUCGACGUUUUGCUGUCCAGGAAAUUUACUUGGCAGCUGUUAAGACUCUUCAGAGACUGCACAUUGGACUAGAGCCUGACUCUGUCACUUCCAGAUUUGUAUACACUCCAUUCGUUCAGCCUGAGAAACCAGUUCACUUCAAAUUUACACGCAUCAACUAGAAGCAGUCAUUGGUUCAAAAGGAAAACAGAACGAAAGAAAAGAAAAAUGGACAUUUAUAAGACCACAUUUAAGUUUAUUCCAAAUUGAAUUAAGACUAAAU